AUGGCAUCUCCACCACGCUCGCCUACAGGGGCACCCACAACAGACUUUGCACUCAUAGAGGCACAGAAGGAGAACAUCCGCCCACUCGCCACCGGGCGCUCAGCUGCCACCCUCUCUGCCGUGCUCAAAGAACCCUCAGCCGCAGAAAAGGUUGUGCAAGAGGGGCACGACAAGCACAGGCAGGCUAUUGAAGAGGCCGAGAAGAAGGAUAAAGCUGGCCAAGAUCAGGACGAUGACCUGGCCUUGCUGGGUGAUAUCCUCGAUGUCUACAACAAGUACAUUCUCUUUACCGUACAGCACCACCCCUCCUCCGACUUUCACCUUCUCCCCCUUCUCGAAACCACCACACGCCGAUUCGUCAAUGACGCACGAUACAAAAUGGAUCCCCGCUAUCUGCGGCUUUGGGUCAUGUAUGCGCGUCACAUUGAGCGACGCGAAGAGAUCUGGGCAUUCUUGGAGUCACGCAACAUCGGUACCGACUUUUCCCUCUUUUAUGAAGAGUGGGCGACAGCUCUUGAAGGUCUUGGGCGCCGCAAGAAGGCAGACGAGGUGUACAGAAUCGGUAUAGCGCGCAAAGCCAACCCUGUCGAGCGCCUCAAGACCCGACACAAACAAUUUCUUGAAAGAAUCAUGGCACCUCCCUCUGGUGUCGUACCGGACGAUGACCCAGUCUCCGCCUCGUCUGCCCGUACGCCCUCUCGUGCGGUUCUCGGCCAAGUUCGUUCCGGCCCUUCAUCUUCGGUGGCUGGGGCUACCCAGCUGGCACCUUCUAUGCGGACUUCGUCUGUCAACAACGGUCGAAAGAUGGAGAUCUUUGCAGAUGCAGAGGGAAACAAAGAUGAGACUUCGGCGCCAGAGUGGGCUGAUUUUGGUACGCGAGAUGAGAGGAGAAAAGAGAAUACUGCCGAGGCUGGACCAUGGCAAGGCGAGACCCUGCCACAGAGUGCCAACAGGGGUCGAGUGGCACCGCGGACACCGAAAGUUGCAGUCUUCCAGGACACUACUGAACAAGAGUCUGCCCGCGUGCAGGGUGCUUCAGAAGUCUUUUCCCGACAUAGGCAACCGCCAACCGAAGCAGAGCUCCUUAAAUCAGACCCUUUGCGCCACUAUGAUACUUCAAGCCUCUCUACCGACCUGCCUUCACUCCCUGCCCCUCCCUCAGCCCGUAAGCCGCCGAGGCCUACCAAAGUGGCUGCUCCUGCUGCCGGCGCAGCACCAGCUCCUGCCAAGGCUGCACAGGCCAAAUAUGUGAUGCAGCCCUGGACUUGUCCCACGGAUGGCCCACUCGUCAAGAUGGCCAAUGGAAAGCAAGAAAGGCGAAUGUUUGACUGGGAUAUGGUGUACAAGGAUGGCGACGAAUACAACUUUGAGCAAAUUCGGGCCAAGCAGCGGGGGUUGUAUGGGCGGGAGGGAAGGGGUGAAGUGCAAGCUUGGGAGAGGGAAAUGCACAAACCGGGAUCUACUUCACCGCCAAAAUCCAAAUCGGUAGAGUCUCGCAAACCCCCAUCUCCUACCGUCAACACCAAACUCGCCGAAGCCGAAGUCAUGAGCAUGUUUGAUCAGACUAUUCACGGAGGCAAGAUGAACCGAGAUUCAGACUCGGAAUCUGAAUCCGAAUCCGAAUCUGAAGAGGAUGGCGGAGUGCAAAUCGCCCCUACGCCUCUACCGAAUAGGACAGGUAAUGUUCAGAUGCUCGCCCCGACACCUGGUGGCUUUGUGCCUCCCACACCUACACCUUCUGCGCCAAGUCGCCUGUUCAGCGCUCCAAGCUCGCUGCCCACCAUUUCGGAUGAGAAUGGCAAGCCUUCAAAGCCUGUGGUUUUCUCUGAUGAGAAUGAUCGGCCAACCGUCUUCUCUGAUGAGAACAACGUCCCGCCUCCCUCGGCCAAGAAGUUCAACAUCUUCAGUGAUGAUGCCUCUGCCCCGCCUCCUUCGGCCUCGAAGCCUCGCGCUUUCGGGGUAUUCUCUGAUGAGAACCAAACCCCGGCGAGACCUCCUGCCGCUAGUCAAGAAACCCCUAGACAGCCAUUGGCUGCGAGCAACAUCUUUUCGGCUACACCGGCCGUCGCCCCCCCAAACCAUGGACUGGGCCGUGUCACCGAGGCUAUUGUAGAAGAAGAGGAGGAGGAGCAAGUAGCUCCGCCUCCGCAAACCGAGGAUGUCGUCGAGGAUGUCGUCGAGGAUGUCGUCGAAGGCGUAGCCUCCGCAUCACUCGAUGAGCCCCCUGCCGAGUCGAAUUACUAUGACGAAGAAGAGGGUCAGCAGCCUCGGGGUAUGAGGAGGUUCAACAUCAACAUGAUGACACCCAUUACCGAGAGGACGUGUGAGUAUACGCAAUUCACUGGCGCGUCUGGUGUCGGCAGAGAGAGUCUGGCGAGGAGGCUUGAAGAGGAGGAGGAAGAUGAAGAGAAUGAAGAGACUGGAGAUAAGGGGGACUCUGCAGCUCCAUCAGAGUUUGACGAGAGCGGUCUCGCUUCCGGUGACGUGCGGGAUGAUUUCCAACUUCCUGACGGAUUUACCAUCCACCAGGCUGAGGAGCGGUCCGACAUACACACCAUGGUGCUCGUCGACGGCAAAGAUGAGGGUACCGCGACCACUUUGCAAGAUAAGAGCGUGUACCACACUGCAAACGGCGACCAGAUAGGUGCCAGUGAGCUUGCGGAUCCUUGUGAUCCCACCGCUGAAAGCACUGUCACUGCUCUACUCAACGCUAUCGAUCCUCCUUUAUCAGAGCUCCCGGGGCUUGUCGACAACCGCUCUACUGCAAUCAACAAACUGGAUGCUCUUGAGAAGCACGCCCGCUCCAAGUUGCGUCGCGCGAGCGCCUCGUCUCGCACCUCAACCUCUGGGGACGACUCUUGCACCCUCACUCUCGCCGGGAAUGACUUUGAAGUCCACGACAAAUUGGGGCAAGGCGGCUUUGGGAUAGUCUUCUUAGGUGUUGAUAUAGCCUUGAGAAGGGCGCAGGAUGAUGCGGAUAGCGAUGAUGAGGAGGACGAGCCUGUGGACAGGUCGCAGGUGGCUAUCAAAGUGGAGAAGCCUGGUAUGAUAUGGGAGGCCGUUGUGCUUGACCGUAUCCACAGCCGGCUUGACAAGGCAUUGCGCCAGUCUAUCAUCCAACCUCGAAACCUCUACCUGUUCCGGGACGAAUCGUACCUCAUCCUGGAUUACUGCCCCCAGGGCACUCUUCUCGAUGUCGUCAACAAGUCUUCAUCGAUCUUUGGCAAUCCCGGUCAGGGUGUCGACGAGCUGCUUGCCAUCUUCUUUGUCAUUGAGCUUCUCAGGCUUGUAGAAGGACUGCACAGCGCGCAGUUCAUCCAUGGUGACUUGAAGAUUGACAACUGCCUUGUCCGUGUUGCAGACCUCCCCAACUCUUCGUGGUCGGCUGCAUACUCGCGUGCCGGCUCCGAUGGGUGGUCUCAGCAGGGUCUUCGUCUCAUCGACUUUGGCAGGGCUAUUGACCUAUCUCUGUUCCCUCGAGGUACGGAGCAAACCUUCCAAGUGUCUCACACCGUUGAUGACAAGGAUUGCACCGAGAUGAGACAGGGCAAGUCGUGGAGCUACCAGACUGACUACUUUGGUCUCGCUGGAGUGGCAUACUGCAUGCUUUUCGGCAAGUACAUGAAAACGAUGAUCAGCGAAGGGAAAGUCAAGAUCGAUCAACCAUUGAAGCGCUACUGGCAGCCGCAACUAUGGCAGCCACUCUUUGACACUCUUCUAAACCCAGGCCACUCGCUUCCCAUCACCAGUCAACUCACCACUAUUCGCGAGGAACUCGAGGGAUGGCUGGAAGACAACUGUCAGAAGGGAGGGAAGAGUCUGAAGAGUCUCUUGAGGAAAAUUGAGCUGGCGGCUACGACGGGGAAGAAGAUGUGA